UUUUUAAUAAAAUCCGUUUAAGGAAUAAAUAAUGAAAAUUGUAACUUAAAAAAUCUUUUUAAGUACGAAUAAAAAAAAAUUUCAUUAUAAAAUACAACUGAACUUCAUUUCCCUUCCUUAAACAAACUAUUAUUUUUUAUCUACUAUACAUUAUUAAAAUUUUGCUUUUUUACUGAAUUUGCAAAGAAAAAUUAAGCAAAAUGGUGGGUCACCGACUAAAUUCUCCACUAGCAGAAACACCAAAUGCUAAGGAUUAUAUUGAUGUUAUGUGUGAAAUAAGGAAACUUGGCAUUUUCAAUGAAUUUGAAGAGAACACUCCAACUAUUGUUGUAUUUGGUGAUCAAUCAAGUGGUAAAAGUUCUGUUCUACAACGUUUGACUGGUGGUUUACCAAUGCCAAGGGGAUCCACAAAAUGUACGGCUACACCUUUCGAAAUACGUAUGUUACAAACUGAGGAACCGUUACGUAAAAUCUCAUUACGUUACAUAGAAGAUAAAAAUAGUAAACCGAUAACUCCAAGGGAAAUCCCGUUUGCUAUUAUAACAGAUUUGGAUGAGGAUGAAAUAGAAGAAAAAUUGCGCGAAGCUCAACGUUACGUACAGAAUCCGAGUAUUACAGAUGUUGAAAAUACACGAUUGCCACCUGAUUCCGAUGAGUUAGCUUUUACAAAAAAUGCUGUAUGUGUUACAAUCAGCGGUCCAGACCAGAUGUACAGUUUAUCCAUGGUCGACUUGCCAGUUGUAAGAAACGAUGAAAGCCACGAACAAUUCGUAUUAUCUUUGGUAAAAGAAUAUAUUAAAAAAGAAUCGGCAAUUUUGGUUCCAAUAUUUCAAGCAACUUCUGAUAUAGCUACACAAUGCGCAUAUCGUCUUGCGCGUGAAGCAGAUCCUACCGGUCAACGUACAGUGGGCGUCUUAACGAAAAUGGAUCGUAUUGUCGAUUAUCCAAAUGAUGACGAAAAACAUCUUGAACUUUCUACUCUUGUAAAAGGUCAAGGGGAGCACAAACUUGUAAAUGGUACUUACGUUAUAAGAAAUCCUACCAAUUCAGAAAUGCGUGAGGAUCCAGAUGAGUUGGAAAAAGCGACAGUCAGAGCUCUUAAACAGAAUAGGAUUUGGAGAGAGGUGCCAUCUGAUCGAUUUGGUUUACAAAAUUUGACUAUAAAAUUAAGCGAUUUACAACGAAAGGCACAUGAACGGACAUGGCCAAGAAUACACCCUUUUUUGGAAGAUCGUAGAUCUGAAUUUCAAGAAAAAUUAAAUGCACUACCACUACCACCCGAUGGAAAUCCUACUAACCGGUUCUUAGAAUUAAUUGGAAUAUUUGAUAAAUUGUUCACUUCUCAUGCAAAUGCUGAAAAUGUAGAUCAUAAGUUAUAUCGUGGUCAACAAUGGAAUUUUGGUCAAUUUGACCAAGCAUUAUUGAACACUCGUCCAAGAUAUAAACUCGCGUUUGACGGAGAGUCAAUAAACGAAAUGUUUGAUCCUAUAAAACCCGGUUCAUUACAGUAUCGUGGAUGGACACAAAAAUUAAAAGAUGAAAUUAUGGCUGAUAACUGGGGUGGGACGGAUGAUAGUUAUUCUAGUGAGUAUGUUUGGGAAUUAGAUCAACUAUGUGAAACUGUACAAGAAAGUCAAGGUGGUCAAUUGGUUGGGUAUUUUCCAUAUAAAGCCGUAGUUGCUAUUGUUGCGAAACAUCAAAAAGAUUGGUCGGUGAUUUCAACCAAAUUGUUAGAUAAAAAUCACGAUUGGGUCAGGCAAUUCGUUGAUGAAAUGGUAGAAUCGAUCUUUAGAGAAUUUCCAAAUGCUGUCGAAGAAAUUAGGAGAAUUUUACGUCAUUUAUUAAAACAAUGUAAAGAUGAAACAUUGAAACACUUAAAGGACCUUCAUAAAAUGGAACACAUGUCAGCUAGCAGGGCCCUUUAUGUAACCGAUGAAGCCAGUCUCCUUAAAAAACAAUCAAAAUAUUUUAUUAAAUAUCGAAUAUUAUCAGCAUCUUCUAAACAAGAAAGUAAUGAUUUAAGAUCAAUCGUUGAUUUAGGAUCAAAGAUAUUUGAUAUGAUGUACGACGAUGAUGCCGAUGAAGAAGAAUUUGAGAAAUUAAAAAAUGAUCUGACUGAAAUUCUUUCAGAAAUGGAUAAUAAAAGUGAUUCGUCUCGAAAAUUGAUUGACGAAAUUAAGAGUUCUAAAAUUAUGUCAGAAAUGCCAUCAACCGCUACAUUAUCUAUGAUGUUGUCAAUAAAGAAUCAAUAUUUGGACAAAUUAAUUGGGGUAGUUCCUUCUAAAUCUAACGAAGAAUCUGUAAAUCAAUCAAUUUUAAGAAAUACAAUAAGUGAACACGCUUUCCUUGCUGCUACGGUAACUUAUUUAUUGUCAUAUCAAGUAAUGCUUUUACAUAACUGAAUUAAUUUUUUCAUUUUUUUUGAUAGGGAGCUUUAGCAUAUUGGAAAAUGGCUCAUACAAAAUUUCGAGAAGUCAUUCCACGUAUAGUUGAAUAUUAUUUGGUACACCAGUUCUCUAUACGUCUAAAGAUGGAUUUACUUGGUUAUUUCAAACUAGUAGGACCAGAAGUGGACAAACAUGAUCCAAAUAGCAAUAAUCUGAAGGAUUUGUUAGGUGAAAACCCAGAAAAUGCAAGAAACCGUA